AUGUUCCGAAGCGCGACCAAGCUCCGCGCUGCCGAGGCCGGCGCCCUGCGAUCACUGGCACAUGCGAAGGCCAGCAGCCCCUCCUUCAGCUGUGCCCGCAUUACGCGCCCGCUCUCCACCACCAGAGCCUCGCUCUCCAAGCCUCAGACUGCCUUCCAGCGCCGCCAAUUCACUGCCACCACCGCCGCCAUGGCCAACACCCGAACAGAGAGCGAUGCCUUUGGCGAGAUCCAGGUCCCCGCCGACAAGUACUGGGGCGCCCAGACGGAGCGCUCCCUCGAGAACUUCCGCAUCAACCAGCCCCAGGACCGCAUGCCCCCGCCCAUUGUGCGGGCCUUUGGUAUUCUCAAGGGCGCUGCUGCCACGGUCAACAUGAAGUUUGGGCUGGAUCCCAAGCUUGGAAAGGCCAUCCAACAAGCUGCCGAAGAGGUGGCCUCGCUCAAGCUCAUUGACCACUUCCCCCUCGUCGUCUGGCAGACCGGCUCGGGUACCCAGUCCAACAUGAACGCCAACGAAGUCAUCUCCAACCGCGCCAUUGAGAUCCUCGGCGGCACAAUGGGCACCAAGAAGCCUGUCCACCCCAACGACCACGUCAACAUGUCUGCCUCAUCCAACGACACCUUCCCCACGGUCAUGCACAUUGCCGCUGUUCUUGACUUCGAGGAGUCGCUCCUCCCCGCCCUCACCAGCCUGCGAGACGCGCUCAAGAAGAAGUCCGACCAGUGGGAAACCCUCAUCAAGAUCGGAAGGACACAUUUGCAAGAUGCCACUCCUCUGACUCUGGGCCAGGAGUUCUCUGGUUACGUACAACAGCUCGAUUUUGGCAUUGAGCGCAUAAAGUCAUCUCUACCCCGCCUCAAGAUGCUCGCCCAGGGAGGAACCGCUGUUGGCACCGGUAUCAACACAUUCAAGGGAUUCGCCGAGGAUAUUGCCUCAGAGGUCAGCAAGAUGACUGGCAAGGACUUUGUCACUGCACCCAACAAGUUCGAGGCUCUCGCUGCCCAUGACGCCAUUGUUGAGGCCCACGGCCAGCUAAACACCCUGGCUACCUCACUUUUCAAGAUCGCCCAAGACAUCCGUUUCCUCGGCUCCGGUCCCCGUUGCGGUCUGGGCGAGCUCAAGCUUCCCGAGAACGAGCCCGGAUCCUCCAUUAUGCCCGGAAAGGUCAACCCCACACAGUGCGAGUCCCUAACCAUGGUUUGCGCCCAGGUCUUUGGUAACCAGGUUGCCACAACCUUUGCCGGAUCCCAGGGUAACUUUGAGCUCAACGUCUUCAAGCCCGUCAUGAUCCGCAACCUGCUGCACAGCUCGCGCCUCCUCGCUGACGGCAUGAAGAGUUUCGAGAAGAACCUCGUUGCUGGUCUCGAGGCUGACGAGAAGCGCAUCAGCUCCAUCAUGAACGAGAGUCUGAUGCUGGUUACCUGCCUCAACCCCGUCAUUGGCUACGACGCCGCUAGCAAGACUGCCAAGUACGCCCACAAGAACAACCUCACCCUCAAGGAGGCCGCCCUCAAGCUCGAAGUCAUCAGCGAAGCCGACUUUGACAAGUAUGUCCGACCAGAGCUCAUGAUCAACCCUUCCGACUACAAGCCCAAGAACUAG